AGCCGCAGACGGACUAACUAAUCAGGUCGGUCUUAGACCACGUGACAUCCCAAAUCUGGUUAAUUAAUUGGUUGCCCGUCUGACCAAUCACCUUGCGACGCCCCCCGCCAUUCGCCAUCUUAAGAUGGGGCACUCUGCCCGGCAGUGGAAUUGAGUGAAGCCUCUAGAGGCCUUUUUGGUUGAGGGCGGAAGUGAUCACUGCGUGGUGCAGGCAGCGCCAGAAGAGCUGGGACUCGUGAGGGAGCGGCGCUCAUCAUGCUCCGUCGGGAGGCUCGCCUGCGCCGCGAGUACCUGUACCGCAAAGCCCGGGAGGAGGCGCAGCGAUCUGUUCAGGAGAAGAAGGAGCGAGUCAAGCGUGCUCUAGAAGAAAACCAGCUGAUUCCCACCGAGUUACGCCGGGAGGCUCUAGCCUUACAGGGGUCCUUGGAGUUCGAUGAUGCUGGUGGAGAAGGUGUAACCAGCCAUGUAGAUGAUGAAUAUCGAUGGGCCGGGCUUGAGGAUCCUAAGGUCAUGAUCACUACCUCCAGAGACCCUAGUUCUCGCCUGAAAAUGUUUGCAAAGGAACUGAAGCUGGUGUUCCCAGGUGCCCAGCGCAUGAACCGAGGUCGGCAUGAGGUUGGAGCACUAGUGAGAGCUUGCAAAGCCAACGGGGUCACCGACCUGUUGGUGGUCCAUGAGCAUCGAGGCACACCCGUGGGGCUCAUUGUCAGCCAUCUGCCCUUCGGUCCUACUGCCUAUUUCACACUGUGUAACGUGGUCAUGCGGCAUGACAUCCCUGACCUGGGCACCAUGUCAGAAGCCAAGCCCCACCUCAUCACUCAUGGCUUUUCCUCACGUCUGGGCAAGCGGGUGUCGGAUAUCCUUCGUUACCUAUUCCCCGUGCCAAAAGACGACAGCCAUCGGGUCAUCACCUUUGCAAACCAGGAUGACUACAUUUCAUUCCGGCACCAUGUCUACAAGAAGACAGACCACCGCAAUGUGGAGCUGACUGAGGUCGGGCCUCGAUUUGAGCUCAAGUUGUAUAUGAUUCGCCUGGGCACACUGGAGCAGGAGGCCACCGCAGAUGUAGAGUGGCGCUGGCACCCCUACACCAACACCGCCCGCAAGAGGGUCUUCCUGAGUGCCGAGUGAGCUGAGCUACUUGCCAGUCAGGAUGCAGACUUGGAAUCCUGGAUCAGAGACUUGUCACAGACAGAUUCACUAAUCCUAAGUGGAGACUGGAGGGAUCUAAAUAAACCCUCUGUCAUCAUGCUCCCAGCUGCCUCUAACUGGUCACAGUUGGCCUACUGUCUGUCAGGACAAACCUGAAGCCCACAGAGGGUCUAUGGGUUGAGGACCUAAUGACGGUGGACUGAAUAGUCACCCUCAGGCUGGGUUAGGGCUGCAGAUCUGCACUGGAAAGUGGUUACUUUCUUCAGAGUUGGGCCCUGUGAACACUUUUUUUUCCUGUGGUUUAGGGUCAGUUUUUGUCACCAGCGGCAAGCCUACACCCUUUAAUUACCAGCCUAACUUACAAGCAGGGGCACCCUCCUCUAACUGCGAGCUUUUCCCCUCAGCCUCUUUGUUGGAAGAGAUAGCGACUCUAAGACUUAAUAUUUCAUAAAUAAAUGCCUAGGCCAACA